AUCAAACCCUAACUUGAGGAUUCUCGACGCUCUCUCCUCACCCUCUUACGCCUCUCUCCAUUUUUCUUAUCUCUCUUCAGAUCUCGCUAAGUCGCACCUCAAUCCCAUAUACUUGUACUUUCACUCCUUGUGCGAUAUUUUUUUGUGCUCAGAUGGGUAAUGCCAAUGCCACGUCAUCUUCGGCGAGAUCUAACGGCGGCGACAGUCAUCAUCAACGUCCUUCUUCAGACUCUGUGAACAGUUCUCCUUCUCCUUACUUGUUCACCCCUCAGAUGGGGAAGGCGGACUCUGACUCUGACUCUGACUCUGGCUUCAACGUAUAUGCGUAUCCUUCCUUCAACAGUCGGCCUCGUUCUCCCGGAAGCCCCGCUCGUUCUACUUACUUGUUCACCCCUCAGAUAGAGAAUGAGAAUACUAAAGAAGACAACCCCUCUGGAGUUGACGCAUAUACCACAUCAUCCACGGCAAGACCUGACGGCGCUGAAGAGCUCUCUAAAGAAGCGGAGUUUCAUACAAAUGUACACAACUUGCGCAAGAUGGCUCAAGAGCUCUUGGAGAAAGGCUACAAUGAGAAAGGAUUCCACGUUACCACGAUGCUGAAGUACUUUGAGAAGGAUUCCAAGUCUAAGGAUCCUCAAGAUGUGCCAUAUUGUAAUUGGCUAGUGGGAAUGGAUUCAGUGGUAACCAAUAUGGGAAGUCCUUAUUGUUACUGGGACCUCUCUACUCGUAUUAACUACAUGAACUUACCUUUGUGCGAGGACGUCUUUCUAGUAAAGAAGAUGAAGUUACUUGGAGUAAACAUCAUGCUUGACAAUAAACCAAAGGUUUCUGGAGACAUCAGUUUCGGCUUUGAUCAUGUCAAAUUGGUAGCCGGUGUUGGAUGGCGAGACAAUCUGGAGUCAAAUAUAGAAUUGCUUGUCUUUUGGAAGCAUAUAGCUCUGAAAUUGAGAACAUCUGGUUUUUACAGAGAUGCCUGUUAUCUAGAGAGAUCGGAUAUAGCAGUUGCAUUGAUUGAGUCUCCGAUGAAAGUAGCGGCUGAAGUCUCAUAUGAUUUCACGACUGAAAGAUUAUUUAGCUAUUGCAUAGGAGGUGCUUUUCAAACCAAUGACUUCCUGGCUUCAGUCACAUAUUGGAGAGAUUCAUUGAUUGGAUCAUGUGUGAAGAAGUUUGCCCAAUUUGAUAUGGGGAUUGAGAUAGUUAAACCGAUCUUCUCACAACGAUGCACAAUGACAUUUGGUAUUUGCAAGAGCAAGGCUAAGGAGUUAUACAGGAUGAAGAUCAACAACUUUGGAGUUCUCAACGGGAGCAUUGAGAGAAAUUUUUGGCCCAAAGCUCUUGUUUCUGUUUCCGGCCAAGUGGAUUUGAAGAAUAUGGGCUAGUCUCCCAGGUUUGGGUUAAAAGUGCUCUUUAAUCCACCAUCAUUGGUUGAGACGUAUGAUAUUGGGAAAGAAGGAUGGGAUCAGUCUUGAGACUGUUAACAUGAUUGGGGAAGAAGGAUGGGAAAAGUUACAUGAUGAUUAUCACGUCAGAGCUUUUCUUUAUUGGUUUGGUAGUUUAUGUCUAUGGUUUGGGUUAAUAUUUAUGGUUUAUUAAACAUUAUGGAA